AUGCAGAAAGAAGGAGGAGAGGAAGCAGAAGCAGAAGGAAUGUCGAUAGUACCGCCGGCAACAAUCCCACUGGGCGACGACGAGCCGAUCGAGUGCCUGAUCCACUUUGCGCAGAUCCACGAGACGUUCAGAAAGGCGGAGAUUGACGCGCUGGCGGUGCUGCAUGGGAUUGAGGUUGUGUGGACGGGGUAUAGCGAUGAUAGCCCCUACGCCACCCUCCUCCUCCCCUCCCGCACCUCCGCCCGCACCCUCGUCUCCCGCAGCAUCCUCACCAAAGCCAUCUACGAGCUCUGGGCCACCUCCGCCACCCUCACCACGCUACACACCACCAUCCAACAGCGCACCCCCCACCUCUGGCCGCGCCUCACCCCCCACCCCUUCAAAUUCACCAUCGAGACCUACAACUCCUCGCACACCUCCGCCGCCCAACUCGCGCUCAUAAACACCUUCUCCUACCUCCCCCUCACAGGCCCCAUCUCCCUCCACAACCCCACCACAACAUUCACCCUCCUCGAAUCCUACACCCCGCACUCCCCCACCCCGCACACCCUCCACUUCGGCCUCCGCCUCGCCCCCGGCGCCCGCCACCUCCCCGACACAUACGACCUCAAAAAGCGCACCUACAUCGGCACCACCAGCAUGGACGCCGCCCUCUCCCUCAUCACCGCCAACCUGUCCCUCUGCGCCGCCAACAAACUGAUCUACGACCCCUUCGCCGGCACCGGCUCCUUCCUUGUCUCCGCCGCCGCCUUCGGCGCACACACCUGGGGCAGCGACAUCGACGGCCGCCAGAUCCGUGGCAAACCCGGUGGCCCCGGGGUCAAGGAUAACUUUGUGCAGUACGGGCUGACGGACGCAUACAUCGACGGCUUUGUGAGCGACCUGACAAACACCCCUGUUGUUGCCGGCGGCAGGCGCUUCCUCGACGCCGUGGUGUGUGAUCCGCCGUAUGGCGUGCGCGAGGGGCUGAAGGUUCUUGGAUCGCGGGAUCGCGAGAAGGGGCGGGAGGCGGUUGUGAGGGAUGGGGUUUUGCGGCAUCUGCAGCCAGACUACGUACCCCCCAAGCGGCCCUACAGCUUCACGGCCAUGCUCAAUGACAUCCUCGCCUUCUCUGCCGCGCGCCUGGUCGACGGCGGGCGCCUGUGCUUCUGGAUGCCGACGGCCAACGAGGACUUUGUCGAGGGCAUUGAUAUACCCAUGCAUCCGCAGAUGGAGCUCGUGUGUGUAUGUGUGCAGGUGUUUAACAAGUGGUCAAGGAGGCUAUUAACGUACUCCCGGAAACCCGGGGAUGAAGGUCUGGAGAGCGUUGCGGCGGCGGUGGGGGAGGGGGCGCGGGAUGGAGGUGCUGCAGAGGGGGAGGGGGCGCCGAGGAAGGCGACGGCCGAUGAGUUGAAUAAUUUUAGGAAGAAGUAUUUCGAGGGCUUCCGGCCUUCAUAG